AUGAUUUCACGUCCUCUCCGAGUUCAGCAACAAGAGGCUCAAGCCGACUUGGUUGAAAUGCCCUUUGAAUACUCACAUUGGGAUUUUAUUAAAUCCACACUCACUCCGUUGGUGAAUGGAACUCCAUCCAAGAAACAAGUACUUUUAGCGAUCGGAGCAAUUCUUUCAGAGCGCAAGAAUGAUCUUUCGGGAGCCACGACGACAAGCCUGGAUCAAUUUUCAGAAAAUUCAAGCUCUGUAUUGUGUCUAUCGCAUGCUUUGGAUUUAUUUGAAGAGCAAUAUUAUCCUGAUGAUUACAAUUCGGAGAAGAGUUUUAUUCGGACAGUCAUUCCAUUUGUUGCAAAUCUUGUAUUGGACACGGAAAAAUAUGUUCCUUCAAAAUCGUUAAAGUACUUGAAGAUGGGAAUGAUGGAUACUGUGGAAGUGUCAAAAGUUGGAGCUGCUUGUCUAUUGGCUAAUUCUUUCUUUUGUACUUGGAAAAGAAUUUCAAAUGACGCUCUUUGGGAAGUUUUUCCUUCGAUUAAUUAUGAUGAAAUGUUUUGUGAACAUCCAAAUUAUAGACCACAACUUGCCAAAUGUCUCAUGUUGUUGAAUUAUUUCGCCAGAAUUCAUGAAAGUUUUGCCCUCAUCUGCCAAAAUCCAAAUCUAAAGAUUAAAUUUUCGAGAGUGUGUCUCAGUGUGAACGAUAUACCUGAUUUUGCAAACAGCUCUCUACCAUUGACAGAAAUAGAAGUACAUAGUGAAGGAUCCAUCUCUGAUUCUAAAGAUGCUCUUCAAAUGGACUUUGCGAACAAAUACAUUGGAGGCGCGUCAAUUUCUUUUGGAUGUGUUCAAGAAGAGAUUGAAUUUUCCUUGUGUCCAGAAAUGAAUGUGGCACGUUUGAUAUGCCAAGUCAUGCAAGACAAUGAAUCCAUUCUCAUUACUGGAGCUGAACAAUUUUCAUCUCACAAGGGAUAUGCAUUUACACUCGAUUAUGGAGGAAAUUACAUGGACACGAAUAAGGACUCGAAUGGAAAUAGUCUUAAAGAAACUAGUGCCAUCGACGCACUUGUUUUCAAUCGUAUCACUGCACAUUCUCAAUGGCAAAAAUCCAAUAUCGAUCGUGAAAUUAUUAAGGCAUAUGCUGGUUUUUGCCACUCCAGUAGGCAAAAGAUUUCAACAGGGUGUGGAGCUUUCUUGGGAGAUAAAGAAUUGAAAAGCCUCAUUCAAACCGUUGCAGCCGCACAAGCAAGAAAAGAUCUCAUUUACUACACAUUUAAAACGCAAGCACUCGAUGAUCAUUUGGCAAAUUUGGUCAAUUCCAUGAGAAAGAAGGGAGUGACAGUUGGUCAAUUGUAUCAAGCCCUCUGUUCUAUCAUUUCAACAGCAAGCUCCUCUUCCAACUCCCUUCCAGAAACAUUCAAGGCGGUGAAAGGUAUUUUGCGUCUCUAA